AUGGGUGAGGGUUACAAGGCGGUGGUGGCUAUGAUUGGAAUGCAAUGCGUGUAUGCAGCGCUCGCACUUUUCACCAGAGCUGUUUUGGUACAAGGAACGAGCCCCAGGGUCUUCGUGGUCUACAGGAAUGCUAUAGCAACUUUGCUCCUGGCUCCUUUUGCUUGCUUAUCCCAAUGGAGAAAUCCAUGUAGGACUUCGUUGGGACUAAAGGGAUUUUCUUUAAUAUUUCUGUCCUCUCUAAUAGGGGUAACUGCCAAUCAGAAUGCUUAUUUUGAGGGCCUGUAUUUAUCCUCUUCAACAAUAGCAAAUGCAAUGGCUAAUCUGGUCCCUGCGAUUACCUUUGUAUUUGCCACAGUAGUAGGAUUCGAGAAAGUCAAUGUACGACGCUUGAGAAGUAAUGCCAAGAUAAUUGGAAAAAUCAUCUGCGGUGGUGGAGCCAUUUACAUGACAUUUAUCAAAGGCACAAAGUUAUUAAACACACAAUUACCGAUCCCACCAAAAUCUCUCUUGGGUUUGGAGGGUCAGAAUUUGACGCUCGGUUAUCUAUUUUUCAUUGUAAACACUUGUUGCGCUUCGUUUUGGGUGAUUCAGCAGAAAUUUUGGUUCUUGCAAUUCUGGGUCACUUCGAUUUCAGCUUAUCUUUCACUUUUCGUUUCUGGGCAAUCUGAGAUCUCAGUUUCUGAAACUGGGUUGUGUUAUGAUCCGUUGGUUUCUGCCUUCUGGAAAGAUGGGAGAUUGGAUUUGGCAAUAGAGUUUUUGGAUUACAUGAUAUCGGAUGACUGCUUGCCGGAUAUUGUGAACUACAAUACGAUAUUGGCUGCGUUGUGUAAGAGUGGAAAGGCUGAUCAGGCUUUGCAAAUCUUCAAGAACUUCGAUGAAGUGGGAUGUCCUUCGAAUGCCGAUGCCAUUGUUAAGAGUAGUUGUGUUUUGGUAAAAUCCACAAUGGGCGAUCCUGUGUUCAUUGAGUUCAAAACCUUCAUUCAUUCUUUCUCACAUUUCUCUUCUCUCUGUAAAAAUUCAUUUCUUGGUUUUACAAUUGUUCAUCUCUGCUUCUUCUCCAAUGUACUUAACAGUCCAAACCACUUUUACACAGCGUUUUGGAUGGGUUUAUUCGGAACCAUACAAUCAGCAAUAGUUACUCUUAUCUUAGAGCAUGACCUACAGGUAUGGAAUAUCCAUUCAACUCUUGAAAUUGUAAGUGGUUUAUUUGCAGGAUUUGCAACGGGUCUAACCUUUUCCGUUCAAACAUGGUGUGUAUCAAUAAGAGGUCCACUCUUCGUUGCCAUGUUCACGCCCCUGUGCACAGUUAUUACAACCAUUGUAGCUGCUGUGUUUCUGCAUGAGGAAUUAUAUUUGGGAAGCUUGGUUGGUGGUGUUGCUGUGGUAAUUGGUUUAUAUAUUGUGCUAUGGGGCAAAGCCAAAGACCAACAAAAGACCAAACAAGAGACAGAUCCAAAUCAGAGUCGAACUGUCGACCAGAUCUUAAUUGAUGAUGACUCCACAGAGAAGACAAGUUGUAAAAUUGAUCUGGAAGAACCACUUCUGAAGAAAGAAAAAUCGCCGUUUAUUUGACUACAGUGCUGCUUGUACUAAUUAUUUUUAUUUGACUACAAUGCUGCUUGUACUUAUUUUAGGGCUUAAAUUUUG